AUGACAACCUUCCACCCAUUUCCCCGUCUGCCGUACGAGCUCCGGGUCCAGAUAUGGGAAAUGACAGUCGAACCUCGCGAGGUGAAGGUUGAGUGUAACCGCCCGGACCCUACCGGCCAGAGAUGCUACUUGACUUCCUCCACGCCAGUACCUGCCGUGCUCAGCGCCUGCCAAGAAGCACGAAAUCAUGGCCUGUACAAAAGAUGUUUCUCUGAGAUAGCCGUACCGGGGUACGGAGCGCAAUACGUAUGGGCUAACCUCGACAUCGAUCUUAUUAACAUUGGAAAUUCGCUAUUUGACGACUUCCAGCCAGUUGCCAAGCUCUUCCUUCGCCUGAAGUUUGAAAAGGAGAUGCAAUCAGAGUCUUUCUAUCAUGGGGAGGUUGAAGGCGUCAGGCAUUUCGUCAAUGCGAAGGAAAUACAUAUUGUGGUUUUAGACGGUCUAUUUGCAUGUGUCGGAGCGACAGAGGAACACUAUUGGCCAUGCGGCGAGGAGAACGUGUUUUACAUUGAUCCUGACAAUCGCGAACGAGUUUUCAGGGGACCUGAUGGAGAAGAUGAGAUUGAUACGCUCUAUGGGCCGAAAGAAGGGAUGAGCAAUUGA